CGUGGCUUUGGGCGAGCAAAGCGAUCCAGCCCCGGUGCAUAGCGUUGCGACCCCAUCUGCCUUUCCCACGGCGGUCAGCGCAGGAUCGCCGGUCCCAUCCAGGUUGGACCCAACCCUUCUGCAGCCGCACUGCUCUGCUUGCUGGACCGUCACUGCUGCAAGACUUUCCGCUGGCGCACAAAGACUAUCGCGAUGCAAGUCCUUGACAUAUCGUUCAUGGUCGACGAAGUCGUGCCGUCGGUCUAUCUGAGCGGGAUCCGGCCGGCCCAGGACCCCAACAGGCUCCGGGAGCUUGGGAUCACACAUAUCGUCGAUAUCAGCAACACCUUCCCAGCGCCGCCGAAUCCGGCGAUGCCGUCCGUCUCCGUCCUUCGGCUGGGCUGUCGCGACGUGCCCGAAGAAAACAUUCUGAUCCACAUGCCCAAGGUGUUUGCGUUUGUCGAUGCGGCGCUCGCUCGCGGCGGCAAGGUCCUGGUCCACUGCGUUGCAGGUAUCAGUCGCUCGCCGACGCUUGUGACGGCCUGGAUUAUGAAGACAGCCUUUGCCAGCGGAGCAGCCAUUACCGUCGAAGAGGCGCUCGACACGGUGCAGAGGGCUCGGCCCUAUGUGCAGCCCAACGAAGGAUUCCUGUUCCAGCUCGGGCUCCUUGAGACCCACCGAAGCGUCGAGGCAGCGAUCAAGGCGUACGAGGCACUAGCCAACAGCGGCCAGCUGUUUGGCGGGCUGCCGAUGACCGAGGGGACCAGGAUGAGCUCCUGUCUGCUCAUGUAGCAGCGACCUGCACCCGGCAUCUGCACAAAACGAUGCGUUCUCGACUGGCCUGGGAUAUGCGACCAUCUGCGUGCUCAAUGGCGAAAUGACGGCGGUGCCUGGCACCACCCAAGCGAGCAAAGGUCCUGGGACAUCAAAGAGCCGGAGCCGCCUGGUGCCGCGUGGGGACACAGGCCGGAUGCGUGUGCGACGGAUGUG